UGACGACACAAAGAGAUAAGAUGAUUGACAAAUUGGUUUAAGCUUCAGAAUUCGCACUACGUGACACACUUGUCGCCUGAUUGUCCUGACGGCAAACAUGUUCCUCGGAUUUGGCGUUAGCCUUAUAUUAGGUAGUUUAUGUUACGUGGACUGUUUGACAUGUCUUCAAUGCUUAAACAUCGAGAGUCCUCGACAUUGCAGACAUGUGAAGGAAUGCUCGCCGAGCGAGGUCUGUUAUGUCAACCAAAAAGUGGAUGAAUACGGAGAUGUUCUCUUUGACAUUGGAUGCAAAAACGCAUCGAGGUGUUCGAAUAGUUCCCAUGGCAGCCACGCCUGUGACUAUUGCUGUAAUGGCAGUCUGUGCAACGCAGCAGGAUGUGGUCAACCUGGAUACCCUUCCAAUCGGGGUCCAAUAUGCUACAGUUGUUCAACACACACCAACCAAGGAUCUUGUCAAAAAAUCGACUUCUGUGACAGCAACGAGGUGUGCAUGGUCCAAGAAGAACUAGAAUUUGGCGAACGUGUGCACACAUCCAAGUGUGUUGUGUUAGAGCAAUGUGAACACUACACGCUGAACAUAUUACCAAUAGUAGGCAGAUCAUUAUCAGAUCAACAGAGAUCUGCUACCGAAACCAUCUGUCGGCAAUGCUGUCAUGGAGAUCUAUGCAACUCCAAUUGUACUACUACUACUACUACUCCUACGACUACUAGUAGUACUACUACUGCGACUACUACUACUAGUAGUACUACUACUGCGACGACUACUACUACAACAAAUUCUAAAAUGAAGGACUGCAAGGAGAUUGGACUGGGCACACACAUCAAUGGGGUGUAUACCGUGCGACCUGAGGGAACAUAUGACGACAUUGAAGUGUACUGUGAUAUGGCUACGGAUGGUGGGGGUUGGACGGUUUUUCAACGUCGUGUAAAUGGAUCGUUGCCAUUUGACCACAAUUUUGCUUCCUAUGUACAUGGCUUCGGAAACAUUCAUGCGGAAUUCUGGCUUGGUUUGCAGUACAUACAUGCUAUGACAUACAACGCUAAAUCCGAACUUCGAAUUGAUUUGAUUGCGGCGGACGGAUCCACGGCGUAUGAAGUGUUUCCUAACUUUCGACUUUCGUCGGCACCCAACUUCACGCUGCAUAUUGACACGGGACAUGGAACUGCUGGUGAUGAUAGCAGCACUGGUUUGUCUAACCACAAUGGUAGCAGAUUUCAAACGAAUGACAAUUUCGACGCUUAUCCUUACAACUGCGCCGAACUGUUGCAUGCAGGAUGGUGGUUUAAUGACUGUGCAGUUGUCAAUUUGAAUGGACAAUACCUUACGCCUGGAACAGUAUCUACACUCUACCUUAACGCUGUGGUCUUUUAUUACGAUUUUAAAGCUUAUGCGUCGUUGAAAGAGACCAAAAUGAUGUUCAGAAGAGUUUAGCAUAUUGUUUCACAAUAAUUUAGUGCAGAUCAAUAUCAGUAAUACACAUUUAAUAGCAGUGUGUUUCCUUACAAUGUGUUGGCAAUCUGCAUUGAAUAUAUGUGUAUGUUGAUAUAUAAACCAUUUGAAAUCUA